AUGUCCACCGAAACCCCCAAUCCCCUCUACGUCCCUGAAACCCUCACCAAGAUCCUCUCCCAUCUCGACAUCAAGACUCUCCUCCUCUCUCAACGCGUUUCCAGACAAUGGGCCGAAUUAAUCCAAACAUCUCCCCAUCUCCAAGAAUGUCUUUUCUUCAAGAACGCCACUCGGAAUACAGAGGUUACGCUUAAUCCGCUAUUGGCCGAGAAGUUCCCAGCUUGGUUUAAUACGAUUGAAGAAGAACCAUCGAAUCAAGUGGGACAUCAAGUUUUCAACAAGCUGGAAUGGGCUUCUUCACCGGACGUCGCGAUGGCUUAUCAGAGAUCUGAUGCUAGCUGGCGGAGAAUGCUACUGCGUCAGCCCCCACUUGAAGAAAUGUUGAUUGAUUACACCAGGAUUGAUAAGCAGGGGCUUUUUUUCUGGGACGUGAAGGUUGCGAAAAAGGAGGGCAUCAGAAUGGGCUUGGCGUAUGAUUACAUGUACCAGGCUAUGUAUAAAUGCGUAUUCGCCGGUGUGGAUCGACCUAUUUACAAUCAUGAAUUUAUGUUUGAUUGGAGAGAGGAAAAAGUUGCAGCGGGAACGUCGAAAGAGCGUUGCUCGAGAAUUAAAGUAUGGGUGAAGCAGGGGUGUAGUUUUUGUGGGGAAGGUUGUGAAGGAUGUAGAGAUGUCAAUGGCCAUCACAGAAUAUUCAAAAGCGAGGGAUUUGAGAAGGAAGCGGCAAAUGAAGAUGCAUAUUUGAAGAUGAUGCAGGAUGAAGGUUUCGAAACUUGGUGA